AUGAAUUUUCUGAACUCUUGAGGUCCGAUUAAACUGAACUACAAGGAAAUCAGGAAGAAAAAAGGACGCAUGAUUUCUUGCCUGUAUGCUGAUUCGUUCAAAGUGGGGGAGUCGAUUUUUCAGUUUUAAUGUCGUCCUCCAUUAAACCAUCCCUCCUCUCUGGUUGUCCCCCAAUAAUAAAGGAAAACCAUUCAACAUCACAACUUUGCAUUCGGCACUCCCAAAAUGUUGUUAUAUUCACUAUUCAAUAACAUCGAUCAUUCAAAGGUUUUUACUUUUAAUUCUUUGAUUCUUUUCUGCAAUCGGUUCAAACUUCCAAUAAGUCGAGAUUCGAUUGAGCCAUCAUCGAAAUCUUAGAAGGCAUCAAACAAUACAUCCGGUUUACGAUGAUGUAUGAUGUAAAUGAGACUUUGAGCAGUGAAUGUGAAAUAAUGAAAUUUAUGACUUGUAAUUAGCCUGUUAAGUUCUUAUUGUUGGUGACUAUAACAUGAUUGAAUGGAAAUUUGACAUCCUAUUGAGCUAUUAUGGGGACUAAAGGCAGUAAGGAUGCAAUGUGAGAUCCAUGUUAACUAACAUCACAUUUUAUGUUUGUGCAUUAUUGGUGGCAUUAGAGCUGGGAUGCUGAAUUAAAUCUGGAUUGACAAGAAAGUUAAAGCGGAUUGAAAUGGUGUUCUAUGGGAAUUAAACAAAUAAGAUUGAGAUGUCAUUCAUUAUGUCAAAAUGGUUGCAUGUCUUUGCUUUUGCUGCUUUCUGAGUUCUGAUAGAGAAAGGGAGAAGUUUACAACUUUGGCGAUACAAGCGUGUGGAGGAAAUUAUAUAGGUGAAACAAGGUUUGAGAAGAAAGUCAUAAUCCAAAUGAGAACUGCAUCCCUCAUCACAAAAUCACACCACCACUGCAAUAGUCGCCACCUCCAAAAACCUCUCUCUCUCUUUCUCUCCUUGAAACUCUAAACUAGAUAUCCGAAAAGAAAACUAUGAUUUGUGGACAUAUGGCUAGCCAAACAUCAAGAUAAGAAAAAUUCUCAGACUAUACAGAUGUGGCUUAUUUGCGGACAAAAAUGUUGAAUUGGAAGAAUUGAGGGAGCAUGUUACUAAACAAAAAGAGCAAAACGAAUAACUGAAGGAAAUAAUGAAGGCCAAAGAUGAAUAACAUAACACAAGAAUCAAACAGCUUGAACGACAACUACAAUCAGCAAUGACUGUUAUUAACACUUUUAAAGAUCUCUAAAAGCAGUAAUAGAUCAUAAAGUGUUGGCUUGUUUCUAGCAAACUAUUUAUUUAAAAUUAGGUU